GCCACAGAAACUCAAGCAGUGCUGGAAAGUAGCUGUGGAAAGGAGGCGUCUGCAAAGCAACUGCUUCUCAGAGAGGAUGUCAAGGCAGCGGAUGGCCCCCCAAUGACGGAGGAGGUGGCGCAACAGCUGCUAGAAAUCACCAAGGGUGACUGCGAUAUGGCUGCCCGGAUUUGGAGUGGAUUUGUUCCUCGAUCAUCGAUUGGUUUGACCAAAUGA